AUGUUUCCCAACUUCGAUGGGGCCAAGAGCAUGGUGGAGCAGAUUGGUUCACUGGAAAACCUUGUUCGGGAGUACGAGAUCGCUUCAGGAAAGACCUACGAUCGAGAUUUGUUGAUGGGAGUUUUGCUUCGAUGUUCACCGAGGGCGAUUCGAGACCACCUUACUUUGACAAUGCCCGAAGGAACAAACUACAUGUCAGUGAAGCAAGCGAUUCUUUCAUACGAGCAAAGCAGCAAAACUUGGGAUUACCAGACGGUGUUGAAGCAAAAGACCUUGCAGAACACAGCGAGCAGUUCGAAUGCAGAUCAAGGACCAGCACCAAUGGAAGUGGAUGCAGUGUACGAGAAAGGAGGAGGAAAAGGAAACAAAGGCAACAAGGGAAACAAAGGAGGAAAAGGAUCCUACUCGUGGUCAAGCUUUGGAGCAGGAUUUCGCCAAUGGAGAAAAGGUGGACGAAAAGGAAGCUACAAAGGAGGAAAGAAAGGACGAGGCAAAGGUUUCCACAAAGGAGGAAAGAAAGGCGGAAAGAAAGGUGGAAAGCAUGGCAAAGGAGGAAAGAAAGGUGGAGGAAAGAAGUUGGACAGAGAUGUUUGCCGAUUCUGCAAGCAGCGAGGACAUUGGGGGAACGAGUGUCCAAACCGCAAUGUUCGAGAAGUGCAGGCGAGCGAGGCCAGCACCGAGGUACCCCACUCGACAGUCGAGUCUGUUACUCCGUCGCAGAGUGCGAGCCAAUACAGGAUAAGGAGAGUGAGGAACAUUGAUUUCCAUCACAUUGCGAACACACCACCUGACGGCACAGAGCACUAUGAGCUUAGCGAAGUUUCAGAAGAAGAAGGUGAUUGGUUCACCAGAAGGAUAGAGGUGCAAGGACCAGAGUGCUCCAUCGGGGAUGAGAGUGAGAACAAACAAGAUCAUGAGAGUGAUGAGCUGUAUCAAUGGUAUGAAAACAGCUUGGAAAGAGUUCAAGGAGGAUUGGGACCUCCAGGAGGAUUGGAACCUCUGAGUCAGGGAGGAUCGGAACCUCUCAAUGUGCGAAUGGUCCAGUUGGACACAAAGCAACAUGUGGUGAUCUUGGAUUCAGGAGCAGAUGUGAGUUUGUUACCACGAAGAUUGUCGGAUGCAGGCGUCGAAGUUUCGACCCCAACCUCUCUGAGGUUGCAGGACGCACAAGGGGGUGCGAUGCGAGUUGAAGGUAUGCGGCGAGCAGUUUUGCAGUUCAGUAGCUGCAGUGUGACUGAGGACUUUGUGUUGUCGGACACCAAUAACAUCUUGCUGUCUUUAGGAAGGCUACUCAAAAAUGGAUGGAAGUUUGUGUCAGUGGGAUGCAAACAGCGCCAAGGGGGCGAGACCUGGGAAGAAACCCAGGCGGGGGAACUUGUAUCUCCCGAUGGUAAGGCACGGGUGCCUGUGGAAUACCAGAGGAAUAGCUUGAGAUUGACAGCGGAAGUUAGAGGAGUCGAGCAAGUCAGGGCAGUCAAGGUGACUUUGGCCUAUGACUUUGGUAAAGUCCCAGAGAAGGAUUGGAGCCUUCUACCGAAUGGAACGCCAGUCCAUCGCCAUUUUGGACUUGAGUUUGUAAAGCCACCGACAGGUACUUGGAAGUACAGGACCACCAUCGUGAAGGUGGGCAACGAAUGGGAAGUGAUUGAAGCAACGGAAUUGCUCGAGCGAAAAUCCGACUUGGAAGAUCGAAUACCGGGAUUGCUUUUUCGAUCAGAAAUUCUCACAUUCUUGCACAGGACACCAGAGUAUCUGGACAAGUGCUUGGUAGAAGAGGUAGCACCAGAAGAAGCACCAAAGGAGGAAGAAAAGAAGAUGGAAGAGGAGCCAGAAUGGUUUGGAAGAGAAAGAGGAGCUCCAGAAGAGUUGCAGGUGCCAGUGCCGAAAGGAGUUGUGAAGCAGCAAGGAAAGGCAGGAGGACACCAAGAGUUGGAACUCGACAUGGGAAGUACUAUUGUGGUGAAUGGAGAGUCACUCACAGCAACGAGUGAGAUUGAGAAGCUGCGAGAAGGUUGUCGGUAUUUGGGUUUGAGCGUCUCAGGGUCAAAGGUGAAGAUGUUCAGGAGACUGUGCAACUACCUCACCGAAGACAGAGAUGAGGACGCAGAAGAAGUUGCAGACAGGCUGAGGAAGCAAAGGCCCAAAGCAAGAACAAGACCCGGAGUGCCCGAACCGACAGAAGCAGAGAUUGAAGAGCAUAUGGCAACCCACAUGCCAAUGCAACCAUGGUGUGAUUUCUGUGCAGCAGCAAAGUCGAAACAGGACCAUACCCCACAAAGCAGUGAAGCAAAGUAUGAAGACCCAGGAAAACCAGUGAUCCAGAUGGACUUCAUGUACAUGGGUCAGAGCAGUGUGAGUCUGAUCAUUCUUGAUUCAUGGACUCGAUUUUCGUGGGCGAUUCCAGUGCCGGGGAAAGCACCGACGAAGAAGUUGGCCGAGAAAGUGGUGAAGUUUUCUCUCGAGAUGAACUACAUUUCCGAAGAAGUUCUGUUUGCGAUUGAUGUGGAGCCAGCGACAACAGCCUUACUGGAUUUGAUUGUAGCAAUACGACAAAAGUUAGGCUACAAGGCUGGAAAGUAUCCAAACAAGCCCUACCACAAAGGAAGAACAGCGAGAGUGGAACGCCACAUUCAGAACCUCAGGAGACAAAGCCUCACGAUGAUUGAAAUGGUCGAGGAUCGGAUUGGGGAAAAGAUUCCUGAAGAUCAUGCUUUACGAGCGUGGGCAAUUCACCACGCAGCAUGGUUGUUCAACAGGUACCACCUACACUCAGGGACGCAGAGUACAGCUUUCCAAUUGGUCUACGGGAGACCAUACCAAGGGCAGAUUUUACCCUUCGGAGAGUAUGUGUUUGGUCUGGCCAAGCCUGGAGGAGUGAAGAAUCGAUCCUUGUGGACAGGAGGAAUAUGGGUUGGAAAGGACGACCGGGACAUGGACGUGAUUACGUCAAAAGAUGGGAUCUUUACGUCAAGAUCUGGCACACCGCGCAUGCGGCACCGUUACCGAGAAUCGUGGAAGAACCAGGCAAAGAGAAAGAAGGAGGAGAAAAUGAGCCAGAGCCAGCAGGAGAUGAAGCAGGAUCUGAUGUGGAAAGCGGGGGACAAAAGAGAGAGAACUGAAGGAGAAGAAAGAGAGGAACCUGCGAAAGCUAGUAAAACAGCAGAUGCUGAGGAGCCACCAACGAAGCAACAAAAGACUGCGGAAAGUUCACCUACAAGUGCUGAUCCUGGAAGUCCGAAAGGAAGUCUAUUUCCACCGUUGUACGCCGGACAGGUAGAAGAACAGGAAGACGAAACAGGAUAUCAUGAAGAUGACCUUUGGGAAGAAAGAGAACUUGAAAGAUUGGAUGCAGAGGCAGGAAAAGCUGAACUUGACAAACUCGCCAACAUGAAGGUUGUGAAGACGAUCAAGAAGGAAGAGUGUUCAGAGGAAGGUAAGUUUCUGACACUAAGGACAGUUUUCGAUUGGAGAAAGAGAGAUGGAGUUUGGAAGCGUAGAUGCAGAAUUGUGUGUCGGGAAUUCCGUGCGGGAGCCCAGAGCACGGAGGAGACUUUUAGUCCUACGUCAGGACACGCAGCAGUGCGAAUGAUGUUUCUUUUUCAUCUCAUCUACAAUUGGGAGCUUACAGUUCUUGACAUUCGUGACGCAUUCUUGCAAGUCACGCAGAAAGCUCUGAUGUAUGCUGAUAUCUCACCGUGGAUUCGAACACUACUUGGUUUGGAUGAAGACCACGUAUGGAAAGUGGAGAAGUGUCUGCCAGGGCAAAGAUCAGCGGCAGAACAAUGGUUUACCCAUUUGGUUGAGAUUUUGAAGCGUUUGGGAUUUGAGCAAUUUGUUGGGAUACCCUCAAUCUUGAAGCACCGAGUGAAGAAGAUUGCAGUGUCGAUUCAUGUCGACGACGAGCUAGUUGCAGGUGCAAAAGGCGAAGGAAGAUGGCUGAUAUGCGAGCUAAAGAAGUUUUUCAAGCUCACAGUUGAGGGACCGUUCCCAUCCUACCGGGGAUCGGGAGAACAGCUUCAUUACCUGAAGAGGACCUAUGAGUUCCUUGAAGAAGGAAUUUUGGUGACAGUGUCGAAGAAGCACUACGAGAAGCUUAGAGGACUCUACAAGCUGGGGAACCGAAAGCCAAGACAAACCCCAGAGCACCAGCUGAUUGGAACAGUGGACAAUUCCAAAGAACUGGAGGAGAACGAGUGCAAGAAGUUUCGUUCAGCGUUGGGCACACUGUUGUACAUUUCCCAAGACCGAUGGGAUUUGCAGCAUGUGACGAAGUGUUUGGCAAGUAAGAUGUCGAAGCCAACGGAACAAGCGUUAACCUGUUUGAAACAAGCUUUGCUCUAUGUGCAAGGAACAGAGCAACUGGGAUUCCUACUGAAGUACACAAAGGAGUAUCUCGAAGGAGAUUUCUCAUGUACCAUAUUGGAGCCAUGGUGUGGAAUGGAGAAAGUCAUGAGCGUUAUGGGAAAGAAGAAGCAAUGGAACAUGUGGCAGGUGAAGUUUGCCGAAGCCAAGUUCGAGCACUACGACAGCCAGACGAUUUUGGAGGACGAGAACGAGAAGAACGAGAAUUUGUUUUCAUCUAUGUGA